AUGCCGUCGUUCAUUGAUGAAGUUUGGACUCACUUUCAGUGUAGAGACCUCUACCAAGUUUUGUCCAUUCCGAAGAGUUCUACAAAGGCCGAAAUAAAAAAAGCUUACUACAGGCUUUCCAUCACCACCCACCCCGACAAAGUUGAUCAGGCAGACAGAAGUGAAGCCACCAAAAAGUUUCAAACCCUUGGUAAAAUUUACGGCAUCCUGUCAGAUGAUAAUUUGAGAUCUAACUAUGAUGAGACUGGAAGUAUUGAUGAUGAUAGCGAUCUGAUGACCGAGGACAGAGAUUGGUCAGAGUAUUGGCGAUUGCUCUUUCCAAAGAUUUCUACAAAAGACAUUGAAAAAUUUGAACAGAGGUACAUAGGAAGUAAAGAGGAAAAGGAUGAUUUAAUCAGAAUCUACGAGACAUCGAAAGGUGACAUGGAGGUCAUCUUAGCAGAGAUGCUUUGCUCCACGCCUGAAUUCGAGCAAAGAUACCGAGAAAUCAUAGAUAAAUUGAUAGAAAACAAAGAACUAAAAGUAUACAAAAAAUAUUACAAGAGUGAGGAGCCUAAGAAGAAAAAAGCUAGACUAGCUAAGGCAGCUAAAGAAGCCAAAGAGGCAGAAAAGAUGCUGGAUGAAAUGAAGAGGAGACAGAAAGCUGAAGACCAGCCACAAAAAAGCAGCAGUAGCAGCAGCGGUAGUAAGAGUGGUAGCAGCAGCAAAGAAAAUAAAACCACUACCUCUACUACUAACGACGACGAUGACGAUGAUGGUAAUAGUAGUCUGGCGUCCAUGAUUUUGAAGAAGAGGGAGAAGAACAGGGCGAAUUUCGAUAACCUUAUGGACAAUUUAGAGAAGAAAUACGCCACUAAAGGGAAUGAGAGAGUGAAGAAGAGUAAAAAGAAAUGA